AUGCAAAUUUUCGUAAAGACUCUUACCGGCAAGACCAUCACCCUUGAGGUGGAAUCUAGUGACACCAUUGACAAUGUUAAACAAAAAAUUCAAGACAAAGAAGGAAUUCCUCCGGACCAGCAACGUUUAAUCUUUGCUGGCAAGCAACUUGAAGAUGGUCGUACUCUUUCGGACUAUAACAUCCAGAAAGAGUCCACCUUGCACUUGGUGCUCCGUCUUCGUGGUGGUAUGCAAAUCUUUGUCAAGACGCUCACCGGAAAAACCAUUACCUUAGAAGUCGAAUCGUCCGAUACUAUUGAUAACGUAAAGCAAAAGAUUCAAGAUAAAGAAGGAAUCCCUCCGGACCAGCAACGAUUAAUCUUUGCAGGCAAACAGUUGGAAGACGGACGUACCCUCUCCGACUAUAACAUCCAAAAAGAAUCCACCUUGCAUUUAGUUCUCCGUCUACGUGGUGGUAUGCAAAUCUUCGUCAAAACAUUAACCGGUAAAACCAUCACCCUGGAGGUUGAGUCUUCGGAUACCAUCGAUAAUGUCAAACAGAAAAUCCAAGAUAAGGAAGGUAUCCCUCCAGAUCAGCAGCGUUUGAUCUUUGCCGGCAAGCAACUUGAGGACGGUCGCACUCUUUCAGAUUACAACAUUCAGAAGGAAUCCACUUUACAUCUCGUACUCCGUCUUCGUGGUGGUAUGCAAAUCUUCGUAAAGACCCUCACCGGUAAAACCAUCACUUUGGAAGUCGAGUCUUCGGAUACCAUUGAUAAUGUCAAGCAAAAAAUCCAAGAUAAAGAAGGUAUCCCUCCGGACCAGCAACGUCUCAUCUUUGCUGGCAAACAGUUAGAAGAUGGACGUACCUUGUCUGACUACAAUAUUCAAAAAGAAUCUACUUUACACUUGGUACUCCGUCUUCGUGGGGGUCAAUAA